AUGACUGGUCAUGUGAUUCCAACCCUUGUGACACCAGGGCUGAUCGUGCAGUUCAGUGACCAGUGCCUGCUGUCUGGCAGUGGCCUAAUUACUGUUCUGGGCUCUGUCUUCUAUUCCAAGUUCUCUUAUAACUUUGUCCCAUUGUAUUAUAUAUUGACUGACUCCUACUGGCGACCACUUGAAGAAUUUGAACAAAUUGACAUUAAACAAGACAAUGUUGAAUGGGAAACUCCUGAUGGUUUUGAUGUGUGUGACCCACUACAUGUUCAGAAAGAGGAAUGGGGAAUUUUUGAAGAUCUUGAUGCCUGUGACUCACUACAGCUUAAGGAGGAGCAGUUGGAGAUUCCAGAAGAUAUCGAUGCCUGUGACUUACUAAAGGUGACGAAAGAGGAGCUCAGAAAUGAAGCAGGGUUGGAAAGUUGCAGCAAUGACCUAGAAAGCAUUUUCCCUGCUGGCAUGGAGGAAGGCAACAGAACUGGUGGUAGUGGCAGCGGCAGUCUGGGCACCAUCACGGAGGAUGCAUUACAUCUCGAGCAAAGCUGCGACAUCUCCAAAAGCACAUUUGCACAUCUUCAGGACCUGAAGGAGCAGAAACACAUGGGAAGUCAUGAUUUUCUGCAUUCUUGCAGUGUGUGUCGUAAAAUAUCUAAAAAUAAUGGUGGCUUGGAGAAGCAUUCAUGUGUUCACACAGAAUGUCCCUGUAAAUGUGAAUUGUAUCACAAGGUACACACAGCUUGUAGCAAACUGAGGAGACACUCACAGGUGCAAACAGGCGAACGUCCGUACACUUGUCGUGUGUGUCUCAAGACAUUCACAGAAAGAGGUCACCUCAAGAGACACUCACAACAGCACAAGGGGGAAAGACCCUAUUCUUGCAACAUAUGUCAAAAGAAAUUUGCAUAUAGCUACAGCUUCAAGGUCCAUGUAUGUUUCCAAACAGGUGAACGCCAUGAACGCCCAUACAGUUGUGAUGUCUGUCAGAAGAGGUUCACGAGAAGUGGCAACUUAAUGAAUCACUUGGCAGUGCACGUUGGUGAGCGUCCGUACAGCUGUGAUGUCUGCCACAAGACAUUCAAGCAAAAUGUGAGCCUGAUGCGACACCAGCAACUGCAUGCAAGGUGCCAGGGAGCAGUUAGCAAACCCACUAGCAGCAGCAACAGCAGCAGGUCCAACAGCAGGGUUGCUAACACUGCCCUCACCUGGAAGGUCUACAGAUGCAGUUUCAAUGGCUGCCACAAAGCGUACGGCAAGAGUUCACAUCUGAAGGCCCAUCUUCGGAUACACACAGGGGAACGGCCAUUUUCGUGCACGUGGUCUGGUUGUGGCAGGAGGUUCACCCGCUCGGACGAGCUGACGCGCCACUCUGUCACCCACACUGGCGAGAGGAACUUCUGCUGCCCAAUCUGUGACAAGAAGUUUGUGCGCAGUGACCACUUGAGCAAACAUGUCCGCAGGCAUCAAACUUACGACCCGUCAGAACUGCGAUGGCGACUACCACCUCAAAAGGCGUGCACCAUCAAUUCCACUGACAGUACACCAUCUGAGGUGCUGUUUGAUGGAGUGCCAUCACCCUAG